AAUGAGAUUUUUAUUCAGUUAUGGAAACAAAUUUAUUUAUUUUCCUUAAAAACGAAUUAAAAGCCUUUCAAUUUUGUUUGACCGUUGAUUUUUAACGUAGCAUUGAAGCUUUCCCCCAGAGAAGAAGACGCUGGAGAAAAAAAAAGAAAAUUAAAAUUCAGGAAGCAUCGGAAGAAAGUGAAAAAAAAAAAGAAUGAAACUUUGAUUCAAGAUUCCAACUUUGAGAGAAGAAGAAGAAGAAGAACAAGAAGACAAGACAAAAGUUAGUUACUUUGUGUUCUUCAAUGGCUGAAGAAGAUGUUUAAAAAAGUUAAAUGAUCUUUUAAGUGAAGAAGAAGCUUUUACAGAUCUGAGGUUUAUUACAUUUUUUAUAUAAUCUCAGUGAUCUGGAAUUUGGUGGGAAGCAAUUAAAGUUCAAUUUUUGUUUUAAACGAUCUGGGGGGGNGGGGGGGGGUUUGAUCUGUUACAUCAUCAUCAUCGUCUCUGCUUUGUGUUGAAGCUUUUGGUGUGUUUAGAGUAAAUUAGGGUAUAAUCUUAUCAGCUGUGUGUGUGUGUGAUCUUCAAAGUUGCAACUUCCUUCACGUUUAGUGUUUCCUUUGGUUGGUAAAGUUUGGUGCUUUCAGGAUUUUACAGUUCUCUGCAUUUUUUAGGUUCUUGAUUCUUAAAUUUAGUGUUUUUGGAGGAAAGAUUUCAAAUUUUUGGAUGAGAAUUAGAUUUUGUUGAUUGGAAUUGAGAUGGCAACAUCACCGGUACAACCUCCGGUUUCUAAUUCUCCACCGUCUCCUCCGGUAGCUUCACCGCCGAUAAAUAAUGAUACUUCACAAUCAGUUCCUGAUAUACAACCACCAGUAACAUCGCCGCUUCCUCCAUCAGCUCCUCCACCAAAUAGAGCUCCUCCUCCGGUUGUGACUUCACCGCCACCAGUACCGAGUGGAGCACCUCUGCCAAAACCACCUGAGAGCUCUCCUCCACCACUGCAACCAGUGAUCCCUUCACCUCCUCCUUCAAUUUUAUCGCCGCCACCACCGCCAACGGUGCAGCCACCAAGUAGUCCGCCUUCACCACCUGCAUUAGUCCCUCCUGCUUCUGCUCCUCCUCCACGGCCUUCGCCUUCCCCACCAAUACGUUCUCCUCCUCCUCCGCCGCCAUCAGAGCGUCCAAUUCAAUCUCCUCCUCCGCCGCCAUCAGAGCGUCCAAUUCAAUCUCCUCCUCCGCCUUCAGACCGUCCCACUCAAUCUCCUCCUCCGCCUUCAGACCGUCCAAUUCAAUCUCCUCCUCCUCUUCCUUCACCGCCUUCAGACCGUCCCACGCAGUCUCCGCCUCCACCACCAGAGGAUCCUAAGCCUUCACCUCCCAGGAGAAGUCCAGAUUCUCCACCACCAACAAUCUCUUCUCCUCCUCCACCACGUUCUCCUCCCAACAUACUUGUCCCAGGUUCUGACAAUCCAUCUCAGAACAACCCUGCUCUUAGACCUCCUCCUGAUACUUCAAGUUCAACUAAUGGUAGUGGAAUUGGUGCUGGUGCUGUUGUUGGUAUCAGUGUCGCAGUGGCGCUAGUUGUGUUCAGUCUUAUUGGAAUUUUUGUCUGGUGCUUGAGGAGACGAGAAAAACGUCUUUCAGCUGUUAGUGGUGGCGAUGUUACGCCAUCACCAAUGAGCUCUACGGCAAGAUCAGAUUCAGCAUUUUUUAGGAUGCAGUCAUCUGCACCUGUUGUAGGUAGCAAGCGUUCUGGCAGUCAUCAUUACUCACAGUCACAAUCUGGCGGCUUAGGCAAUUCGAAAGCAUUGUUUUCUUAUGAAGAACUUGUGAAGGCAACAAAUGGGUUUUCAGAAGAAAACCUAUUGGGUGAAGGUGGGUUUGGUAGUGUAUAUAAAGGGAUAUUACCAGAUGGGAGAGUAGUUGCUGUGAAACAACUUAAAAUUGGUGGAGGACAAGGCGACCGAGAGUUUAAAGCUGAAGUUGAGACUCUUAGCAGGAUUCAUCACCGCCAUUUGGUUUCCAUCGUGGGACAUUGCAUCUCUGGUGACCGCAGAUUGCUCAUUUAUGAUUAUGUCUCUAAUAAUGACCUUUACUUCCACCUUCAUGUUUCAAAAUCUUCUCUGGACUGGGCAACUCGUGUUAAAAUUGCUGCUGGUGCGGCUCGUGGACUAGCUUAUCUUCAUGAAGAUUGUCACCCGCGUAUCAUUCACAGGGACAUAAAGUCGUCUAACAUUCUUUUAGAGGACAACUUUGAUGCUCGGGUUUCUGACUUUGGUCUUGCAAGAUUAGCUCUUGAUUGUAACACUCAUAUCACAACACGGGUUAUUGGAACAUUUGGCUACAUGGCUCCUGAAUAUGCAUCAAGUGGGAAAUUAACAGAGAAAUCAGAUGUAUACUCCUUUGGAGUUGUUCUACUUGAGUUAAUCACUGGACGUAAACCUGUGGAUACAUCCCAACCACUGGGAGAGGAGAGCCUUGUUGAAUGGGCCCGGCCUCUGAUAAGUCAUGCCAUCGAAACCGAGGAGUUUGAUUCUUUAGCAGACCCCAAGCUUGGAGAAAACUAUGUGGAUUCUGAAAUGUUUAGAAUGAUAGAAGCAGCGGGAGCCUGCGUGCGCCAUUCAGCUGCCAAGAGACCUCGGAUGGGACAAAUUGUGAGAGCUUUUGAAAGUUUAGCUGGGGAAGACCUUACCAACGGAAUGAGACUAGGAGAAAGCGAAGUCUUUAACUCAGCUCAACAGUCAGCAGAGAUCAGAUUAUUUAGAAGAAUGGCAUUUGGUAGCCAAAACUACAGUACAGAUUUUUUCACACAUAGUAGUUACAAUAGCAGAGACGAAAACGUGUAAAUAUCAUACACACAGAUUUGUUUUUUUCUUUCGCCAUUAGAGGCAACAACAACCCAUCAAUAACAUCCCAGUUUUGUCUAAAAACUUCCCAUCCUGCGCCUCAAACCUGCACAUCCUGUUCUCAAAGCAGAACCCUACUCAGAGUGCUUAAAUCAGUAAGAAUCUCUCUCUGGUUUCGUUUCCUUCUGUUUCCAUGUGGUGAAACUAAAGAGACUACCUAAACAAUUUGUAGAGACAAAGGAUUACAAAGGAGCAUGUGGUUGAACAGAAAGAUGAGAUAAAGAGAUAUAUAGAUGGGUAAUAUACUUAUGUUCUAGGCUUCUGGCACAAGAAAGCUUCGUUUUCUUACAUGGAAAUACUUUUGUAUUUAUUUUAUUUAUACCUUUACCUUUACUUCCUUGUCAUAUUAUCUCAAUCUUAUACUUAUAUUGAAUCAACAAGGCUCCAUCUA